AAGACGGGUUUUAUACGUAUAGGACCCAAAGGGUAUAUCGUUCAAUGCCGAUUUAUGGAAGUAGCAGCAGAUAUAUAUAACAUGGAAAUACGACCGACCGAUGUAUUUGUCAAUACAUAUGCACGAUCAGGGACCACGUGGACACAAGAAUUGGUUUGGCUCGUCGCAAACAACUUGGACUACGAAACUGCAAAAUCAAUUUUACUAAGGCAACGAUUUCCAUUUUUGGAAUUUUCAUCGAUGUUCCACCCGGAAAUGAUACAGUAUUAUCUAGAAUAUAAUAAAGGAGAUGAGAAAAAGCAGAAGGAAAUUAAAACGAUGACGACGCAUAUCGUGGACCAACUGGCGAUGACGCCUUCCCCUCGUUUUAUAAAAUCACAUCUGCCACUCUCCCUGUUGUCACCAAAUUUGCUUGACGCUAAAGUAGUGUACGUAGCAAGAGACCCCAGAGAUGUCAUCGUCUCAUUCUACCUAUUAAGCAGAUCAAUGACGUUCCUAGGAUGGACGGGUGACUUCAAAGCAUUUUGGGAUUUGUUAAUUAACGAUUUACUGUAUUGGACACCGUUCUUUGAACAUCUGAAGGAGGCGUGGGAGAAACGUCAUCAUCCAAAUUUGCUCUUCAUUUUCUAUGAGGAGCUAAAAAAGGAUUUACCGGCGAUGAUAAACCGUGUAUGCGAUUUCAUGGGGAAGAAAUAUAGUGAUGAGGAGGUGGCAACUCUUUGUGAUCAUCUCCAUAUUAAAAACUUCAAGAAAAACCCUUCUAUCAAUCUUGAAAUUUUUAAAGAACUCGGUAUCAACAAACCAGAUUUAGAUUUCAUCAGAGAAGGCAAAACAGGCGGUUGGCGCGACUAUUUAGACGAAGAGAUGAUAGCACGGACAGAUAAAUGGAUGGAAGAAAACUUGCGGGAUACAGAUCUCCGAUUCCCAAGUGCAGAGUAGUUUUAAAAUUAUUAAAAAUUAUUUAAGAUUAACAUUUCCAUCACACAUUACAUACGUAUAACUCUAGCAGUUUUGGCAGCGCACGCCAGAAUAGCUCGCAGAUGGUAGAUUUUUUCCUGCUUAGUUGAUAUUUUGGGCACAUAUCUUCAUUCAUUACACAUAUCACAUUCACACAAUAUCUUUAUAAACUGUAGGCUAUGUGUUAUUCUGAUGCAUAAGCUAUAUUAAUGUCUACUUUCUUUAAAAUCCAUUCAGUAGUGUUUACGUGAAAGAGUAACAAAAAUCUAUCCUUACAAACUUUCGCGUUUAUAAUAUUAGUAGGAUGAUGUGCUUUUCGUAUUUCUAUAAUAAAUUUGUUUUGAUGGUGA